AUGGGUUCACCACUGAAGCAGGAAGUGCUCGUACACUGUUUCCAGCAGCUGAAACUGAUCGGGCUUUGGGGACAGCAACCGCGGCCGAUAUACCGUUAUUACGUGAUCGUUGCCUUCGAAAGUGUUUUUAUGUUCUUCCCGAAAAUUGCGCUCGGCUCCGGAAAGGAAGGAUUCGAUUCGUUCGCUCGUAAUAUUGCGGAAAUAAUCUUCAUUAGUGAAGUGGUUAUCGCGAUUGGUCUGUUCAACAUGCGAGCAGAGGCCUUCGAAAAACUGGUGUUUAUUUUGGAAGAAGUUAUUCACCGGUUCGAAACUAAACCAUAUGCGAACGACAUUCGCACUGCCGUUAGGAAGAUGGAAAGAUUCUUCCGGACAUAUAUGCUGUAUUUUUGGACCAUCGUGAGCAUUUAUCUGAUAAUGCCUUUGGUUUCUACAACGGUAACUUUGCUAACGAAAUCCGAAAGUGAAAGAGGGGACUUUAUGAUGGUCAUGACAAUGCAAUUUUACUGGUUGGAUGUUCGUCGUAAUCUGACCCACUACGGGAUUUGCACGGUGGGUAUUAUCUUUUGUACCCUAGCAUCCGCCUAUCAGAGUAUGCUGAAGGUUACUGUUUUAUCUGCAUGUAUACAAUACGGUUCGAAAUUGUUCGAGUUUACUACUCAGAGAAUUGAACAUCUAGGGGAGUUUUCUAAAGGGCACAGGCGACGACAGGAGCUGCGAGAGAUCGUAGAAGUUCACCAGUUGGCACUGAAUUAUGUUAACCAUUUGGAAAAGUUAGUCUCCCUUUUUCUGCUCAAUCAAUUAACGUGUUGUAUUUUAAUGAUAUGCUUGAUGAUGUAUUAUAUUUCAACGACCUUUGGACCAGAUGCGGUAAAUAUUUGCCUGAUGUUCGCGGUUAUGAUGGGAGAAAUGGCAUUCUUUUGCUUCAAUGGAAACACUUUGAGCAACAGGGCACUCGAAGUCGGUCAUGCAAUGUAUGCCUAUGACUGGUAUCUGGAGCCCGUUGAUAUGCAAAAGGACAUUCUUUUCAUCAUUGCAAGAUCGCAACGACCCACUGGAAUCACCGCCGCCAAGUUUUACUUCGUCAACAGGGAACGAUUCGCCAUUGUAAUCCAGACCUCUUACUCUUGCUUUUUGGUGUUGAAGAAUGUGUUUCAGGUUCAUAUGCCUAAUUAGAGCUCUCACUCAUCACUUGUUUCUCGUUUUCGAAUUGUCAAUGACUUGUCGAAAAAAUAAGAUUUUAGUGGUUGAUAUGGCAGAAAUAGCAAAAAUGAUAGAUAUGGAAAAAAUGUACGAAAAUACAUAUAACGCAGACAAAUAUGAUAAAAAACACUAAAAUGAUAAUAAAUAAUACAAGGU